CGAACAAGACAUCUCCCGCCCCAUCCGUUGUUCUUGUUGAAGACAGGCGGGAGAGCCAAGUUUGCUUUUCAAGCUCGACUUUGGAGCUUUCAAAUAAUCACAUUCCGGUUAAAAUGGUGCGCACCAAAGCGGACAGUGUUCCCGGGGCUUACAGAAAAGCUGUUGCAGCUUCUGCCCCCAGGAAGUCUCUGGGCUCCCGUUCAGCCAAUGCAUCUUCCUCGUCUUCCUACUCCGGCGAUUCAGCCACUCCUGUAAAGAACAAAUAUGCCGGAGGGAACCCAGUGUGCCAGCGACCCACCCCUACCUGGCAGAAGGGCAUUGGGGACUUCUUUGGUGGUCCAGGAAUGAAGCCCGAGAAGGAAAACCAGAGCCCCCCGCAGCCUAAUGAGGAAGACAAUGAAGAGGCCGCAGGCAGUAGUAGCAUGUCCAAGACCAGCAGGAAGUCCCGGCCAUUGCCUUCUGAGGACGAGGGUGAAGAGGACUGACUCCUGUUUUUUUAUGUUAAACUGUAAAUGUGUAUAUAAUUGGUGACUUGCCUGAUAGUUCAUUACCACAACUUUUUGUUUUUUAAAAAUGAAAUAGUUUUAGUGUUUGACUUUUCACAGGUUCAUCUUGCUUCAUUUUUUCCUACGUACAAAAUAAAAUGCCUUUUUAUAGUGUCA